UGCUGUUAUUAAGCAUGUGAAGCACUAAGUCAUUUCUAUGGCAUUGUCAAAAACAUCAGCAUGAGUAAAACAAUGCUGCAUGCAUUUUUUUUAUUACAGUGCAACACAUCACAGGUGUUUUAGUGGUUCUAAACUGGAAAUGUCCACAGGUCUGCAAAGACACAGUCUAGAAAUUUUAUAGAAUUGUUAUAUAUGAAAAAAAUAUGAAUCUUUAAAUAUUAUAUUCUGGGUAGAAUUUCGUUUUAUGAUUCAGCCAACACAGGUUUGUGUAUGAAAUAAAUUCUGUGAAAGUCUGUGUGUGUGUGUGUGUGUGUGUGUGUGUGUGCACCAAAGUAGAUUUCCAAAGUGGACUGAGAACAGUGAAACAGUGUGUCUGUUGCACUCGAUGCUUAUCUACUUUUAGUUUCUCCCCCAAAAGUAUUUUUUGUGAAAAAAAAAACAACACAGUGAAUAAUACACCUAAUUCCUGUUUGUUUACUCACACGACUGCAUGAAUAUGCUCUCUGGGCUAUACAGAGUAAAGGGUAAGACAACAAAUAUACAAUAACGGAUGUACAAUAAAGGAUGCAAAUAAAGACUUAUUCAAAUAUAUAAAAUAAUAUAAAUAAUUAUAUGUACACAAGUGUAUUAUAAAGCAUUGCACAAUGUAGGUGUUGUGCAGAAAAAUGAUUUACAUUUAAUGCACUAUUGAAAAGGCUUUUGGUGUCACUGUUGUACAUUGUUACACAAAAUUACAAAAAUAUUUACAACUAAACUAAUUGGAUAUCACUUGGAUAUCAGAGUCAGUCAGAGUCAGAGUUAGCUUUAUUGCCAAUUCUGUUAUAUGUACAGGACAUACAGAGGAUUGAAAUUGCAUUUCUCUCAGUCCUACAGUGACAAAAAAAAACACAACAACUGAAAAAGUAUCCACAUACUAUAUAAAUAUAUCUAUAAAUAUAAAUACAGUAUAAAUAUAAAUGAUAUCUUGUGUGUUUGAAAGACAGGGUCCCUGCUGAUCUAUUUAAAACAGUAUUUUUGUAUACGGAUGUCAGUGAUUUGUCUUCACUUGACAGUGCAUGCAGCUGCUCACUAAAAUGUGCCAGAACGUUCUUUAUCAUAUGAGCUGAGAUUCAGUGGCUAUAGAUAGACCUCUGUAUAUCAUGUAUAGCAUGAAUAUAUCUUAACAUUAUAAAGAACACUGCAUUCCAUCCAUUUCAGUGCAAGGGCACAGGCUGCAGUUUUCCAGUUUCUGGGUCUUCAUGGCUUAUUUUGCAGUUGUACUCCAAGUAGAUGAGCUGGCCUGAAUGUGACAUUUGGUUAAAACCCAUGAAAAGUCACAGAUUUGCUCAAUGGAUAUUAAACUUUGAAAGGAAAUUUUGGGCGAUCUCCAGUUCUUGCCAAAGAGCUCAUAUCCAUCAUUAAUCCUUUAUACUGUACAGUAAAACCUCAAUUAAAAACUACUUAACCAGGAUUUAAGAACCAGGUGUCAGUUAUCGUCAUUUCAACAUGUUAUUCCAAGGUUUAUACUUAUUUUUAAGGGAGGAAGAAUCCCUUACUGGCAUAACUCCAUAUAAAGACAUUCAGUCUUUGCCAUACAAGCAUUUUUCAGAUAGGGGCUUUUAAUAGUAAUGUCUUGGGGCUGCCAGGCCGUGAAACAGAGCAGUCAGGCUCAGAUUUUGAUGACGCCACAACGAAAAAAGUGUAAAACUGUCCAAGCUCUGAAAUGGUGAGAGGGAGGAGUGGCUUUUUAAGCUUGUGCAUGUGGAAGGCAGUGGAGCUUUUCUCCAAGUGACACAACUGUUUGAGAAGCAGUUUUAAAAAGAAGCUGUGUGCAAAGGCAAAACCUAACUGUUGGGUGGGAAUUGGCCAAGACUAAAUUAGUGAGAAAUCAGGAGAAGAUAUUUCAUAAUACAAUUGUUCAGUUUACUUUAGGAUGUGUAAACAGCCAUGAAAAUGAUGCAUGUGACUUUAAGAGAGAUGCAGGCACUGUACCCAUCUGCCUUUAGAGUGAAGAGAGGAACUCCAGCGCUGCUUAACCCCUCAGUUCAGAGAUCAGUGGAGGACGCCAACCUGCUCUAUGAGGUGGUGUGGUCAGGGCUGUAUGUGGAACCAGAGAACAAUGUGCUCCGCAUGGCUGAUGAGGAACUUGCUUCUCUUCGAAAACUGCAGCCUCUGGAGGUAUUGUGUGAAGACGUUCUUCCGAGGACGCUGUCAGAUAUCCGCCGCCUCUGCCAUCAUCUGGAACAGCACCGGGCUCGCUUGAGCAAGGAAGACUUUGAGCGGACCCUGCUUACCCUGGUGUACACGGCUCAGCGAAUAGCACAGAGCAGCGUGGGCCAUCAGAGGGAGCUGUGGGCUGAUGCACUGCUUCAGCUGUAUAGAAGUAUUAAAAAAGAUCUGGGGGUGGAGUGACGACACUCUCAGAACAGCAGAAUACCAGUGUACAAAAUAUUACGUCAAAAUUGUAUACCAUUCUGUACUGUACUGGCAUUAUAUAGCACUCUAAUAACCAAAUCUGGCAAAAUAGUGGCUUUUUCUCACUGUCCAUCUUACUUCCUGACUGAUCCUGAAUUCUAAAGAGCUGUAGGUUUAAACCUAGGUGGAGAAAAACAAUACAGACCCAAAGCAUCAUUUACUUACUCAUUAAUCAUAGAGCAAAUGAACCUACUUUCACUUCCUACAAUGACAGUUAUUGUUGUUUUCUUUCUAGAAUUUAGUAUUCAUUUUUUUCUCUUUUUUUAUACACAAUUGCUUAAAAUUAAUAAGAUGAAAGCUACAUUCUUGACCUGUGUAUGUCCAGAUGUCUUGAUUAGAUGCUUAAGCCACACUUAUCAGCCAACCAUUAAAUAUUGCUCAUUCCUGCAUUUAUCUAAUCAGCCAAUCAUAUCGUUUCAAUAGUUUCAAUAAAUGGAAACAUUCUUUUAAAACAAAUUAUUU